AUGUCAAUCGCCGCAUUCCGCCCGUCGCCCAAGCACGAUGAGUACCGCAAACUCGCAGCGGAGCACAUGGAGCAUGACCUCGAGCCGACCGACCGCAAUGCACUGGUCAAGGCCUCGAAGCGCGUCGGCCUGACCACCACCAUCGGCACCGUGGUCGGCCUCGGCCUUGGUGUGUACGCCGCCUACCGCCUUCGCAAGGUGCGGCUCAGCAUGUUCAAUGCACUCCGUGCCGCAGAGAAGCCCACCCACGUUGUAUUCGCCGACGGCAGAGCAGAGCCUGUGCCGGACAUAACUCCGUACUUGCAGCCGACUCGUUGGGGCGACGUGGCGACGUACUUCUUCUUCGGCCUCGGAGGGACAAUCUUUGGUGGGGAGUUGGGAUUGCUGGUCGGCACCUGGUCAGCAUCCAGGCUGGUCUCCAAGGACCCUGCGAGGAAAGGAAGAAUCGAGACUGCUUAUCGGCGCUUCAAGGCUGACCUCCUUCGGCGCGAGGCCGCCAGGCUGGAAGCUGGCAAGGAUUCAGCUGAUGCUGCCGCCUUGUAA